AGCUACAAUAUGAACAUUUUGGUUGCGUGUCUGCUGUUGGUGGUCGUGACUGUUGUAUGGGGCCAGAAUGACACAGAACCCGCACCUCUCAGUUUGGAAAGGACAUGUGAAAUCCCUAAAGGUGCAACAUUGUCUCCAGUAACGCUGUUUACGGCUAAUACCACAGACCUCGUCAAACCUACACGCUCAAACAUGAGACUAGCUGCAAGAGCGUUCAGAUCACCAAAAAAUUUAAUUAGGGAAGGACGUCAGGCUACAGCCAUGAAUACUUCCAACUGGGCCGCCGAGAAGAAGCCUUGGAAUGACCUGUGUCCAGAGAAAGUGACCUACAUUCAGCCAAAGAAGUGGUUCGUGUUCGGUGGACAAAUUUGCCUAACGCCACUUCCUUGGCGUAAUUUCAGAUACCCUACAAUUCAGUGUAUAUAUAAGGCGUGCCAGUUCGUCAAACGUCCUUUGUUCUUCUGUCGCCCGGAUGUACCCAAAACAUACUUCAUCCCGAUUUAUUGCGCCGAUCCAGCGGUAGGAAAGUUCAAGAAGAGACUGUAUCCAAUCUACACCUACCGCUAUUGUACCUGCUGCAGAUACGGGUGUCCAAGAUUGGACACGUUGGUUGUGGCAGAGGUUUAACUGACCAAUAAUGACAUGAACACUAUCGAAUAGUAGAAAGGGCCAAUUAUAAUAUAAAAUG